AUGGAUGCGUACACGCGUGCCGUGCGCCCGUUACCUCUUUUGCUUUGUCGCGUGUUCGGUCGCCGUAUGCGCGCGCUGUCUCUACGUUCUUUCUCAUGGAUGGAUUCUGCUGGCUAUAUAGGUGCGUCACUCCCUUGCUAUGCGCUCGUUAAAUAUACGUCCUUGAGGGAUUUUCCUACCGAUCGGCUCGAUCUUGCUUCUACUACUCGAUCCAUUGAUACGAUGGUGAAGACGAGGACUGGUGGCGUCGGGCCGUGCGCGCUUCUCGCUCUGGUCCUCCUCCUCGCCGGCAGCUGCGUCAGCGUGCAAGCGGCGGACGAGCAGGCGACGAGCGGCGGUGGCAGAAGGAGAAGGCCGCAUCGACGUUCCGCGGCGUCGGUCGCGGACAUGAUGGUGCCUAUCACCUUCCUCAACGCCUCCGUCGACAAGGGCGCCGUGUGCAUGGAUGGGACGCCGGCCGCUUACCACCUGGACCGGGGCUCCGGGGCAGGGAGCAAGAGCUGGAUCGUCAACCUCGAGGGAGGCGGGUGGUGCAACAACGCGAGGACGUGCAGGUUCCGGACAAGGACCCACCAUGGCUCGUCCAACUUCAUGGAGCGGCAGAUCAGCUUCACCGGCAUCAUGAGCGCCAGCCCCGCCGAGAAUCCUGAUUUCUACAACUGGAACCGGGUGAAGAUCCGCUACUGCGACAGCGCCUCCUUUGCCGGCGACACCUUCGACAAGGCUACUGGGCUCUACUUCCGGGGGCAGAGGAUUUGGGAGGAAGCCAUCCAGCACCUCCUCUCCAUCGGGAUGGCGUCGGCCGACCGGGCGCUUCUCACGGGCUGCUCCGCCGGGGGGCUGGCGGCGAUACUGCACUGCGACCAGUUCGGCGCCUUCUUCGCCGGCCGAGGCACCACCGUCAAGUGCCUCGCCGACGCAGGCCUCUUCCUCGACGCCGUGGAUGUCUCCGGGGGCCGUAGCUUGAGAUCCUACUACGGCGACAUUGUGGCCAUGCAGGGAGUGGCUCCGCACCUUCCGCCCACCUGCACCGAUCACCUCGACGCCACCUCGUGCUUCUUCCCUCAGGAUAUCAUCGACAGCAUCAAGACGCCCAUCUUCUUGCUCAACGCAGCCUACGACGUCUGGCAGAUUGAGGAAAGCCUGGCCCCAAGCAAAGCUGACCCCAGCCGCGCCUGGCGAGCCUGCAAGUUCAACCGCUCGGCUUGCAAUGCGUCUCAGAUAAACUUCCUGCAAGGUUUCAGAGAUCAGAUGGUAGCAUCCGUGAGAGGCUUCUCCAGUUCCAAGAGCAACGGGCUCUUCAUAAACUCGUGUUUCGCCCACUGCCAGUCCGAACUGCCGGCCACCUGGAAUGGCACCCCUGCCAUUCAGAACAAGAGGAUCGCAAAAUCUGUCGGCGAUUGGUACUUUGGCCGGGCCGAAGUGAAGGCGAUCGAUUGCCCAUACCCCUGCGACAACACAUGCCGCAACAUCAUAUAA